AUGCUGCUCCCGACCGCCGCGCGCCGGAGCGCAACCACGGCCACCACCGCCGCAUUCGCGCCCCGCCUCCGCUUCGACGUCUCCGAAUCCAUCCCCCGUUCCUACUACCUAGGCCACCACCACGCCGCCCUCCGCGAAAUCUCCUCCCGCCUCUCCGACGUCGGCCUCGUCCUCGAGUGCCGCGACUACCGCGUGCCCCUAACCAGCUGGAACCCCGUUCUUGACCGCGCCAUCGCCGGCCGCGAGCGCAUCGUCGUCUACACCCACCGCGACCUCGGUGCCGACAGCCCCGCCUCGGUAGAGCAAGCCCUCCGCCGCUUCCACAAUGGCUCCGGUCGCUCCGUCACCGGCGGCGGCGGCGGUACCUCCACCACCCGGCAGCGCGUCGUCUUCUGGCGCAAAGAUGACCCCGCCACGACCAAACAACUCCUCUCCGAGAUCCGCAGCGUCGCCCGCUCAGUCGACAGUCUAACCGGCAUGCGCGCCCUCGUCGUCGGCAUGCCCAACGUAGGCAAAAGCACCCUCCUCAACAAGCUCCGCGUCCACGGCAUGCAUAAGAAACAAUCCGUCGCAAAAGUCGGCGCACAACCGGGCGUGACGCGCAAGCUCUCCUCCCCCGUACGCAUCCUCGAUUCCGAGACCAGCAGCGCCGGCGUCAGCAAUGACAGCAUGGGCCUAGGCGAAGGCGUCUUCGUCCUCGACACACCCGGCGUCUUCAUGCCCUUCGUCUCCGAAGCCGAGAGCAUGGUCAAGCUCGCCCUCGCCGGCUCCGUAAAAGACGACCGCAUCCCCAUGGAGAUCCUCGCCGACUACCUCCUCUACCGCCUCAACCUCGUCGACCCGGGGGCCUACGCCCGAUACUCGGAGCCCACGAACGAGGUCAACGAAUUCCUGACGGGCGUCGCCCGCAGGACGGGCAAGCUCAAGAGCGGAGGGGAGGCCAACGCCGACAGCGCCGCCGACUGGAUCGUCAAGCAGUGGAGGGUCGGGAACCUCGGCAAGUUUGUGCUCGACGAUAUCACCGACGAGGCCUUCAAGGACAAGGAGCUAGCGAGAGAAGGUCAGGGCCCGCUCAGCAUGAACCAGGCGCGGAGAAAAGAAAAGGAAGCGAGAAAGGAGCGGGCAAUGAACAAGAGCAAAGCGAUUUAA